AUGCGAGAUUCAUUAAGCAGCAAGGAGAAAAAGGAGCCGGACGCCCAUCUAGACAGCGUGGACGUGAGUGAAUACAACCAUGUAAUAAAUAAUUCGCACAGUUCGGAGGAAGAAGGCGAUGAGUCAUUAUCGGAUGAUUACAUCGAAGGUGAACAAGUGCCGAAAGGCAGUCACAACAAGAGCAUAUUAUAUGGUGGAAGUAAAGCUAAUCCGAAUAACAACAGUAGCCAAGUGAAUAAUGAUCAAUCGGACGGUGUAACCAAUUCGGAGAAGGAAUGUACGAAGAGCCCAAAUGACACAGGCACGUUAACGAAGUGUGAGCAAGACACAAGCGCAACAAACAGAAAAAGCACAAGCAGCCAACAAAACCCAAUGCAAAAUAGCCACACGUAUAUCUACGUUAGGGUAAAAACAAACGAUUCUAAUAAUAACACCAUUAAGUGCAAAAUUGAGAAAAAUAUUACCGUAAAAAAAUUGAAAAAGAGCCUCAGCAAAAUAUUGCACAAUGGUGAAGACGAGUAUAGGAUCAUUUACAGGGGAAGACUUCUAAAGGAUGUAGAAGUUUUAGACAAAUAUAACAUAAAAUUUAAUGACAUCCUAUACGCAAUUAGGAUGAAUAGGAAAAAAAAUGGAAAUGACGCCAUCCUGGAUUCAGGAAUUACCAGUUCGCAGUUAAGUACUAUAGGAGAGGAGUACAACGACUUGGGGAAGUUUCCCCAAAAUGAUAAUUUGUCAAAAUUACUUUCUUCCAUGUUUGAUAAUAGUGAUUUUCUUAAAUCAAUUAUGGACUCUAAUAAGCAGCUACAAAAGUUAAGAGAAAAAAAUUCUGAAAUACACCACAUGUUAAAUGAUUCUCAGUCUUUAAAGCAGUCAUUUGAGAUGAUUAAAAAUCCCUCAUUAAUGAAAGAACUUAUGAGGAAUACCGAUCGAGCAAUAAGUAAUAUUGAAGCCAUUCCUGGCGGGUUCAAUACACUCAGACGAAUGUAUCACAACAUUCAGGAACCCAUGUAUGCUGCCAGUGAGGCAUCAAAUGAAAAUAAAAAAAAUAAAGUUAAACAUUAUGAUUUAAAAGCUUCUUCUCCUCCCACCAGUGAAGCCUUCCCCAAUCCCUGGGCUUCCAAAGAUGUGAAUGCGAAUGCAAAAAAUAAGAAUAAUCAAAAUAAUGAUUUAGAUAAAUAUCUACUAAUGAAUAAUAAUUUGUUUAACAACAACAGUGGUCUUUUUAAAUCGAGCAAGAAGAACAGGGGCAACGGGUUGGGAGGCAACAACAACAGUCUUUUCAAGACCAACAUUCUGGAUCUGUUGCAAAAUUACCAGGCGCCUCCUCAAGGUCAGCUUGGCGGUAUGAAUAACAUGAAUAACCUUUUUAGCGGCGCGCAGAUGAACAACCGGCAGAUGUACCACGGGUUACUCAACAGCGGGCUGUUCAGCGGGGGGUUGCUAAACAACGCGUCGUUAAAUAGCGGGUCCUCAGUUAGCAGCCCCCCGGCUGACGGUCCCCCCAGUAUCACUAAUCCAAAUGGCACCCAGUCCGGAAGUGGCUCCCCCCUCGGUAACCUCUUCAACAACAAUCUAUUUAACGACAAGCUACUUUUCGGAUCCAGCUUUACCAAUGAUUUUAUUAACCAGUACACACAAGUGCAAAAAGACAAGGACAAUCCAGAAAUGGCCAAUGUGCUAAACCAAGUGAAUAAUGACAACAAUUUGAAGUUCAUUCGGGGUAGUCCUUCCAUUAUCAACCAGAAUGAUGAGGUAACCGCUUCGAAGAGUAGCAGUGCCCAUCUGGGCGAUGGGGUUGUCAACACGGAUGAUGAAAGGCAACUCCUUUUGGGAGGGGAAAGGAAUGCCAGCCAAAAUUUAGUAAAGGAGGUCAUCGCUGCGAAUGAGCUGGAAGAGAGUAAUACCAAAGGGGGGGACGGCGCUGCGGCAAAUUUGAACAAUCUUGCAAAUGUGACUUCCCCGAAGGGAGACAAUUCGAUGGGGGAAGGUUCUGCAAAUUUGUUACCAAGUGAUGUGAUGAGUUCGAAUGGGGGUACCUCCCCAAGUUCUGCACUGCUGAAUAUGCAGCUAGGGAGUGGCAACCUUAGCGGUCUUAACUCGACCCCGCUAAACAUCCUGGAGAAUCACGUCAACAACCUCAAUUUGGGAAGCAUGUCUGAGGCGAUCAAGUUACUGAGGAGCGGUGGCGGAAAUGUUAGCGGUAGUGUUGUUGGUGGCGCCCAGAGUGAACAGGAAUAUUUCUCCAAGCUGUACGCCGAGCAGCUGAAUUCACUACGAGGAAUGGGGUUCACGGACGAGCAGAAAUGCAUAAAGGCGCUUGUUAACACGCAGGGGAAUAUAGAAAGGGCCAUCGACUUUUUGUUGGCUGACAUGAAUGCAGAUCAGAAUUGA